AUGGAAGAGGGACUGGGCUGGGCUGAGAUAGACUGGGGGCACUGGAUUAUACUGUGGCGGUGCCGGGCAAUACUGGGGCUGAGCACCGGAUUAUACUGCAGUAGUGGUGCCGGGUGGUACUGUGGAGGUGCAGCUCUUGCCAGAUUCCAUGUUGUGGCCUAUUUGCAGCAAAUAUGGUGGUUUGAGGUAGAUGGGGUAGUGAGGUUUCCUUUUCCUCCCGAUAUAUAUACUCUAUCAUUCAGGCUUCAUCUUGGGAAGUUUUCUAAAAGGUUGGGACGACGUGUAUGCAAUUUUGAGCAUACCCAUGGUUGGGACAUAAAGCCAGUUCGAUUUGAGUUGUCUACUUCAGAUGGUCAGCAAGCAUCAACUGAGUGCUGCUUAGAUGAUUCAGAGCAAGAUGAUGUGAACGGUAAUCAUAAGCGGGGCUGCUGGAUAGAAUAUAAGGUAGGCGAAUUUAUUGUAUGUGAUGAAGAGCCAGUGACCGAAGUCAGGUGGUCAAUGAAACAGAUUGAUUGCACACAUUCAAAAGGUGGGCUCUGUGUAGAUUCUGUAUUUAUUAUCCCAAGUGAGUUGAAAGAUCGCAAAAGAGGAGUUUUAAAGUAGUGGAAACCCAAAAGGAUGUUGUUUACUUCAGUGAUCCACAAAGAAUCCAUAUGGAAUUUAUCAUACAGCUUAUACUUUUGAAGGUAUUUCAUCCUUUAGAGGAUGCCAUCUUAUCUAGUUUUUGGAGUAGGUUUGUAUCCUCUGUGGUUAUGUAAUUUUUACUGCUAUGUAUUCGAUCCAGUUUUGUCUCUUCUUAAUACCUUGCAGAUAAGUGUUAGAGAAUGUGCUUUGGUUUAUCAACUUGUUUUUUCCAGGUGCUGUUAAGCAUUUUAUCUUAGUUGGAUGGCAAUGAAGUAAAAUUCUUUCUCAA